AAGCAACACGAGAGCAGUCGACUGCCCACACCACACACACACAGAUCCCCCCUCGGAUCCUCUCCUCCGCUGCCUGCCAGGAACCCGAGGGCGGCGAAGAUGGUCAGCCUGCUCCCCGAGACCAAUGCGCCGGCGGAGACCGACGUGCUCCUCGACGCAUGGGACUACAAGGGCCGCCCCGCCCCGCGGUCCUCCACCGGCCGGUGGGGCGCCGCCGCCAUGAUCCUAGUGGCGGAGCUGAAUGAGCGGCUGACGACGCUGGGCAUCGCGGUGAACCUGGUGACGUACCUGACCGCGACGAUGCACGUCGGCAACGCGGAGGCCGCCAACGUCGUCACCAACUUCAUGGGCACCUCCUUCAUGCUCUGCCUCCUCGGCGGCUUCGUCGCCGACUCCUUCCUCGGCCGGUACCUCACCAUCGCCAUCUUCACCGCCGUCCAGGCCUCGGGCGUGACGAUCCUGACGAUCUCGACGGCGGCGCCGGGCCUGCGCCCGCCGCCGUGCUCCGGCAACGGCGGGGUCGCCGCAUGCGCGCCCGCGACAGGCUCGCAGCUGGGCGUGCUGUACCUGGCGCUGUACCUGACGGCGCUGGGCACGGGGGGGCUCAAGUCGAGUGUCUCCGGCUUCGGCUCCGACCAGUUCGACGAGUCGGACCGCGGCGAGAAGCAGCAGAUGAUGCGCUUCUUCAACUGGUUCUUCUUCUUCAUCAGCCUCGGCUCGCUGCUCGCCGUCACCGUGCUCGUCUACGUCCAGGACAACCUCGGCCGCCCCUGGGGGUACGGCGCCUGCGCCGCCGCCAUCGCGGCCGGGCUCGUCGUCUUCCUCGCAGGCACGCGCAGGUACCGGUUCAAGAAGCUGGCAGGGAGCCCGCUCACCCAGAUCGCCGCCGUCGUCGUCGCCGCCUGGCGCAAGCGCCGCCUCGACCUGCCCAGCGACCCCGCCAUGCUCUACGACAUCGACGUCGGCAAGGUCGCCGCCGCGGAGGAGGGGUCCACCAAGAAGAGCAAGUUCAAGCAGCGCCUCCCCCACACCGACCAGUUCAAGUUCCUUGACCACGCUGCGAUCGACGAGGACCCGGCGGCGGAGCCGAGCAAGUGGCGGCUGGCGACGCUGACGGACGUGGAGGAGGUGAAGACGGUGGUGCGGAUGCUGCCCAUCUGGGCGACCACCAUCAUGUUCUGGACGGUGUACGCGCAGAUGACCACCUUCUCGGUGUCGCAGGCCACCACCAUGGACCGCCGCAUCGGCGCCUCCUUCCAGAUCCCCGCGGGUUCGCUCACCGUCUUCUUCGUCGGCUCCAUCCUUCUCACCGUCCCCGUCUACGACCGCGUCAUCGUGCCCGUGGCGCGCCGCCUCAGCGGCAACCCGCACGGACUGACGCCGCUUCAGCGCAUCGGCAUCGGGCUCGUGCUGUCCGUCGUGGCCAUGGCCGUCGCAGCACUCACCGAGAUCAAGCGGCUCCGCGUGGCGCGGGACGCGGCCCCGCUGCCUUCCGGUGGCGUCGUGCCCAUGUCCGUGUUCUGGCUCAUCCCGCAGUUCUUCCUCGUCGGCGCCGGCGAGGCGUUCACCUACAUCGGCCAGCUCGACUUCUUCCUCCGCGAGUGCCCCAAGGGCAUGAAGACCAUGAGCACGGGGCUGUUCCUCAGCACGCUCUCGCUCGGCUUCUUCGUCAGCUCGGCGCUCGUCACCGCCGUGCACAAGGUCACCGGCGACCGCCGGCCCUGGAUCGCCGACGACCUCAACCAGGGCAGUCUCUACAACUUCUACUGGCUGCUCGCUGGGCUCUGCCUCGCCAACACGCUAGUCUACCUCGUCGCCGCAAGGUGGUACAAGUACAAGGACGGCCGCGCCGGCGCCGACGGCAGCGUCAACGGCGUCGAGAUGGCCGACGCCGAGCCAAUGUUCCAUUGACGGGACGGGACGGACCGGGACCCAUCGGCCCGUCCGUCCAUCAGCCGCCGAUCGGACGGCGCUGAUUCUUCCACGUGUUGUAUUAGUAUGGAAAUCAUCGUGCCAUUUGUAUACGUGUGUAUUUACGUGCGUGUGCCCGCGUACGUGUAGUAUAAAUUAAUAACUUCUUUGUUAGAGGGGGGAAUGGUAAAAACCCGCAAGGGUUAGGCGGAUUCAUCAGAUUUUACCAAGAGCGGUGGGGUCGGAGUGUCAGUGACUCAAUGUUGCUGCAUUUUGUAAUGGGAGGACAGGGGUUGGAGAAAACCUCGACGGCAAUGUAAAAAUCAUCAUGCAAGGGGAAAAAAAGGAUGUGUGCUUUUAAUUGAUUGACCUACAAUCCCAAUCUAAAAUGUGAUGGCAAUUUUUCUCGGUGCAGAA